AUGCGCCUCGCAGUUACGUGGUAUAAAAUACGCGUAAGCGGGCGAAAGUCCUGGGAGUUCACCGUCGAGUGUAUCCCGACCAGUUGCAGACAGCAGUCAAUAAGUGCCGGCUACUGUUCACAAUGGUCUCUGCUGCUGUCAUCGCUCUCGUUCAGGGAAGGCAAGUUGGGCACCGGAUAUAAUCCUUUGGAUACCGGCUCAACUGUCUCUAGCACUACCCAGUCAAAUGUCAACAUGGCCAUGCUCGCGUUUAUACUCUACGAGCAUGCUGUAACCUUCCUCGAUGAGAUUCAGCUUAUUUGGCAGCAUCGAUUCAAUAUCCUCACGCUGCUAUUCGCUAUUAAUCGUUACAGCGCCCUCGCCUACGUCAGGAUUAAUCUGACAUUUUACAUGCUGACAGAGCUGCGAGAUCACACCAAGAAUAACACAGACCAUAAUGGCCCUGUUGGUUCUGAUCUUUGGCAUAUGCUCGGCUGCGCGAAUCUACUUUCUAUACGCCGGUCGCAGUAA